AUGCCCCACCCCCGACCCCUGGAGAUCCUCCCAAAGAUCCUUUCCGAGCCGGGUGUCCCAACCUGCGCUCGGGCUCCCCGAGGGCUCGGCGGGGGGGGGGGGGGCCGCGACCGUGGACGUCCACCUGUGCGGACUCCGCGCAGGCCGGGCCAGGGGCGGGAGGCUCAGAUGACCACAGGGCUUUGCGUCGCGAGCUGUCACCGGCAGGUUUGGGAGGACAGAGGCACCAGAACCGUCUCUCCGGUUCCAGACUUUCUUGCCCGACUUUCCCUUUUGUUUCUGGCUCUCCCCGGCUCGUCCCAGCGACAGGCGGGGGCCGGGCAGCGCCGCGUCCGCCAGGGGCCCCCACUUACCCGGAGCAGGACGCGCGGGCCGAGGGCGCUGCUCACGCGCGGGCUUUGUCUCCGGCGCGGAGCACGCGGGGCGCGGCCAGGCCGAGCGGCAUCGCUGCUCAUCCGGCGCGGGGGCAGCGGGAGGGUCCGGCUUGCGGAGCAAAAUGCCGCGGGGUCCCCGGCCCGCCCGGACGACGUGAGGCUGGGCGGGGACAGGGGGCGCAGGGGCCGGCCCGCCCUCUCCGCUCCCGCCGCCGCGUCGGGGGUCGAGUCACCCACACGCGGGAACCGCCGCCCAGCACCCCCGGGCCGGGCCAGGCCGCGCCGACCCUCGCCCCUUCCUUCCGCGUUGGUCGCGCCCGCUCCGCUGCGGGGUCUCGCCCGGAGCCCGGGAGGGGCCGGGAAAUCCCGCCCGCCGCCACGGACGUCACAGAAUCAGCACAGACCAGCAACUGCCAAUGCCCUGUCCACGCCUCUUGAGAAAAUGCCCAAGAAUCUGGACUCCAUGGGAGACAGGCUUCUGAACCUUGGGGUGAGAGUGGAGGGGAGUGCUGGGAGUUCCUGAUUGCAGGCCAUUGCAAUGAACCAGCUGGGACACCUUGGGCAAGUGACCAGAGGGAUUAACGCUCCAUUUCAGUGUUCUCAUCUGGACGACAACACCUCCCUCAGAGGGUUGUUAUGAAGAGUCAGUUCAUCAGAGCAUGUAAACAGUGUAGAAUAAUGCCUGAUACAAAGUACACAUUCAAUAAAUACUAAUUACUAUCUUUAUUAUUUC